AUAAUCAUGUGAUUCCAUUGGUUUUGUACGAUUCUCAUACUUUUCGCAAAUGCGAUAAAUAGCUGCGACGCAACGAAAUUUCUCAAAAAGGUUCAAAUUUGAACCGAACACAAACACAUUUUUUCAUUUGUGAGUGAGAGCGAGAGAGAUUUACAUACAUAUAUACAAAAAUCUGCGACAAACUCACAUUUUACAGAUCUCUCGCUCUCGUUAGCUAUGGGUCUUUGGGAUGCUUUGCUCAAUUGGCUUCGAAGCCUCUUCUUUCAGCAGGAAAUGGAGCUUUCUUUGAUAGGACUGCAGAAUGCAGGAAAAACAUCACUUGUAAAUGUGAUUGCUACUGGUGGAUACAGUGAAGAUAUGAUACCGACAGUGGGAUUUAACAUGCGGAAAGUGACUAAAGGAAAUGUGACUAUAAAGUUGUGGGACCUUGGAGGUCAACCCAGAUUCCGCAGUAUGUGGGAAAGAUACUGUCGUGCAGUUUCUGCAAUAGUUUAUGUUGUUGAUGCUGCUGAUCAUGACAAUGUUAGCAUUUCAAGAAGUGAAAUCCAUGACCUGCUGAGCAAGCCAUCAUUGAAUGGUAUUCCAUUGUUGGUAUUGGGUAACAAGAUUGACAAGCCUGGAGCCCUUUCCAAGCAAGCUUUGACAGAUCAGAUGGACUUGAAAUCUAUAACAGAUAGGGAGGUAUGUUGCUAUAUGAUAUCAUGCAAAAAUUCCACCAAUAUUGACUCAGUCAUUGAUUGGCUUGUUAAGCACUCAAAAUCAAAGAGUUGAGCCCUUUCUCCAGAUCUACAAGUUCCUUUUGUUGUUUUUUCCAGAGUUUUCUUGUAUGUAAAUUCUUUUCCCAAUUGAAAGAAUUGAUACAUAUAUUAUCCCAGCCUGCAAAUUGUGUACCAAUGUGUUUUUUGGGGAAGGACAACUUCAUUGACUUAUUUGAAAAAAACUAAUUUAUUAUAAUUUCUCUGUUUGAGUUGUUUACACCAAA